AUGGCUGUCCAAGAAACACCUGUGUCGCGACGACUAAAGACAGUCAAACAUAUUAUCAUAGUGUGCUCUGGCAAAGGCGGUGUCGGAAAAUCUUCCGUGUCCGCCCAGCUUGCGCUCAGCCUCCAUGCAUCUUCUCCCAGUGCUCGGGUCGGAGUUCUCGAUGUCGAUCUUACCGGUCCGUCAAUACCACGCAUGCUUGGUCUGGAUGGACAUGGUGUGCACCAGAGCAGCGAUGGAUGGGUGCCUGUGUACGCAGAUGCGCUUGGGGAUGGUGAACCCAGACUUGCGUGCAUGAGCGUUGGAUUUUUAUUGAAGAAUAAGGGGGAUUCAGUAGUUUGGAGAGGACCGAAGAAGAACGCUAUGAUCAGGCAAUUUUUGAGCGAUGUCAGGUGGGGAGAGCUUGAUUACCUCGUCGUGGAUACGCCUCCAGGAACAUCUGAUGAGCACUUGUCGCUGAUCGAACAUCUUGCACCGGUGCAUUCACGGCUGUCUGCUGUUAUUGUCACAACACCGCAGGCUGUUGCGCUACUGGAUGCUAUGAAAUGUCUCUCGUUUACUCGGGCUGUCGCACUUCCUGUUCUUGGACUUAUCGAGAACAUGAGUGGAUACGUAUGCCCUUGCUGCGGAGAUGUUAGCAAUGUGUUCUCUACAGGUGGAGGUGCAGAAAUGGCCAGACGAGAAGGGGUGCCGUUCCUUGGUAGUAUGCCUAUCGACACGGAGCUGGUCACAUUGUUGGAUGCUGCCGAGUCUACAGAUCUAAGCGCUGCUGACGGACAACGCGAUGAAGCUAGCGAAGUUCGUUCAUUUGGAGUUUUACAACGGUAUCAGAAGACAUCGUCUGCGAAACUUCUGAGUGCCAUCGUCGAGAAGCUCAUAUCGACGCUGCCAUCGGUAGAGCACGCGUCAGUGAGCAGCUCUGCUUAA